AUGGCCAAAAAGGUAAAUAGGAGUCUUAGAGAUAUUGAACUUUCUAAUUUGUCCAUAGAGGUCAAAUCGGAUGUUCAAUCUUGCAAAGAUGAUUUGGGUAUGAAUGUACAUCUGCUUGUUGAAACUAUUGCAUCUCUAGGGGCUAAUUUCUCUGUGGCUGGGGCAGAUUUGGGUAUGAUUGGAAAAUCGUUGGUAAACUGUGAGCUGUUUCAGUCAAACUAUAUGAAUGAGUUGAUUAAAAGUGAUUCUAAAUUCUUUAUCAGAAGGAAUGAGAUAAAAUUAUUGAAGGAACAUAGGGGUCUAUUUAUUGCAUUUUUCAUCACUUCUUCUUUCCUUAAUACAAGAUAUGAAGUUCAUGACUCAACCAAAGCUUGGUUGAUUCAUUCAUUUCCCAACGAGUUUAGUAGGAGCGAAGUCACACCAAACAUAGUGGUGGCUAAGGAUGGCACAGGGGUUGUUGAAACCAUUAGAGAGGCCAUUAGACAUGCUCCCUUGGUAAUUCCUGGUUUGCCCAAGUUUCAGUUUGUUGGUGAAAACUGGCAAACCACCAUCAUUCAGGGAGAGCUAUAUAGAAUUGAAAAGGAGUUAUCUACCUUGCACACGACAACGUUCACCAUGAAGGGGCCAAACUUCAUUGGAGAGGAGUUGACGAUAUUAAAUAUGGCUGGACCAGACAAACAUCAAGUUGUAGCCCUUGUGGUUAGUGCCCCUGAAAUGGCCUUUUAA